UUUUAAUACGAUCUGUACCUCUUCUGAAAGUUAUUCUCAAAAUUCUCAUCUUCUCAAAUUCUCCUGUGAUGCUUCUGUUUAAAACAGGCGUGAAACACCUGUUACCAAAGUGAAAGUCUGAGUUGUAACCUACUGCCAAAUGCAGCCUUCCCUAAAGUUACCCUCCACCUGUGGGUUAUUGCUGGUGCAAAUUGUAUUAUUAUUAGUAUACAAGUCUUAUCAUUGAUUGUCUGUAAAUUAAAGAAUGAUAUUAAAACACGGACUCAAUCUGAUAACUAAAAACGUAUAACUUGAUGAUAACUUAACGAGCCUUUCAGUUUGUUGCAAUUUAAGCCAGCCCCGCCUUAGCCCCGCCAUUUAACAGAUUCAGUUUCAUUAUAGAAUACAAAUAUGUAAUUGUGCUGCGAACUGCUGGGGUAAUUUCCUUUUCGGUUUGUCCAACUGGGAAUAUGCAUGCACACCCACACAGAAAGAGCUGAAUUUGCAAGUCUGGCUCGCCAGUGGACUGUGGAGGAUGAGGAGGAGCAGAAACGAGAGCACCGGAGGAAGACGCGAGAUCCCAGCAUUAGUGCAGACCCAGAUGAUGAUGAUGGCCUCUCUAGUGAUGGGAACCAGGACUCCAGGAGUGUGAGCAGUGCCCCUCAGGACCCUUCAGAGCAGGGGGAGGGCAACAUGCAGCCGGCGAUGGACUUCGUGGAGAUGCUGCGCUCCCGAGACGAGCGGCGGAGGGCCCGGCACCUGGAGACGCUGCGGCGGCAGAAGCAGGAGGAAGAGGAUGGGGGAGAGGAGGGAGGAGAGGCCCAGCCCAGAGUCGAGCUGCUGGGGGAUGUGGAGGUGGAGGAGGCGUUCCUCAGUCCCUUGCGCAGCCUGCUGGCCAGAGAGAGCACCACCAGCACCGCCAGCCCCGCUAGUCCCACCAGCCCCACCAGCCCGGCUAGCCCUGCCAGCAUCAGCACCUCCCACAGCAGGAGCCAUUCCAGCAACUCUGCUGUUGAGGGUCAGAAUGAAGAUGGCAAGGCAGAUUCAAACCAGUCAUCUCCACGCAAGACGUCCAGGAAGUUUGUCAGCUCUUUCUCCAUCUCCAUUGAUACGAGCCCUGCGUCAGCCUCUCCACAGAGGGUGGUGUCACCCCUCAGCCCUAGAGGUCCCCCUGAGAGGCCCUUCAGCCCCACUUUUGGGGGCCCCCAAAGUCCCACGCUGAAUGGGGGUACAGAGAAUGGCGCCUCUUCCAGCUUUGAGCCAGCAACCAGACCUGCCUUUAUAAAACAAAGUUCCAGAACCACAUCCUUCAGGAAGCUGAAGAAGCAGGAAGAGGAGCAGAGCAUGCCACUGCAGCGGAGUGCCAGUGUUCGGGUCACAAGCAAAAUUGAGUCCAAUAAGACAAGAGAGGAAGAUCAAGAUGAGCAACAACAGUCACCGUUUCAGAGAAACUCUAAACAGAGAAUAUCAGCUCGUGCCAUCCAGGAGAAAAUGGAGAGACUUGCCCAGGCUGCACAGAAACAAACAAACAAGUCCCCCUUCCAGGCAGAGAGGACUCUGUUUCUGAUGGAUGAAGUCGUAAGAAAAAAGAAUAUUUUUGAGAGCGAGCAGCCAAAGGGAGAGAAAGAGCCUGGGAUGUCCAGACAGGAAUACCGCAACUUUUCAUCUGGAAUUGCUGACCGGAUUAAUCGCUGGGUGCAGAAACAAACAAAGUCUAGCCCUAGUUCCACCUCAACUGACCUGAGGAAUGUGGACAUCGUAAGUAAGAAGAUUCUCUUUGAGCAGGCCAAAGACGACAGGCCCAUGUCUCCUGUACCUCACAGCAAGAGCCCCAAAUGACAGACAAGGCCACCGCCUGAGAAAACGUGCCAUGUAUGCAUUAUCAUUCAUAGGACUCCAGGAUUUUGAAGACAGCCUGACUACUACGGAGGACUAGCACUAUGGAUUGUGUAUUUUUAUAUAUUGGUGAUUUUCAACAUUUCAGUGAAGAGUUGAAGGCUUUUGACAUUAUCCACUUUCAAUCUUAAUUAAUACAUUUACAUAACUUGCAUAACAUUAUAUUACAUAAAUUACACACAUAAAUAUACAAAUACACACACACACACACACAGACACACACAUAUAUACACCUUUAUAGAGAUUGAAAAAAACAUCUGCAAAACUAAAUAAAAACAGAUUCAGUUUCCAUUUACACUGUCUGUCUUAAAAAUCACACUCUCUCUGUCUGUUGGUCAAAUAGAGAUCAUGGCUAUGUUAACGUAAUCUUUACAAAGAAAACUGUCCCCAGUCUUUUAUGCACUUUCUAUGUAUGUUUUUUCUUCAGAAAAAAUGUGUGUAAUAAACUAAUGAGAGUAAUGUAAUGAAUACCAAACAUUCCUUAAAUGCCCAGUUUGCCAUGUUUUUACAAGAAUGGGGAAAAUUCAUUCAAAUGAGGAUGAUUCUGCUUUCAUUAACCAUCAAUGACAUACUGUAAAUGACUGAGAGCCUAACAGAAAGCUAACCUGCACUCAUAUUUAUGUUCAUGAAUGACAUACAGACUGUUUGUCUGACUUCAUUGAACUGCAGCAACUACAGUAUGUGCAAUAACAAGCAUCAGUCCACAGUGGGGCCUGCCGAUUAUAGAAACUCUUUCAGAGAUAAUUUAUGAGUACGCCUAAUACGAUCUGUUUACUUGUUCGGGUAUAAUCUAAUGUUUGAAGUUUAGGGGGAUCAUGGUGGAGAGGACGGGAUUUGGACCUGUUUGGCAAAUAAUAAACUCUAUAUUUCAACAAUUUAAA